AUGCUUAGAAGAAAAAUUCACAUUCAUUUUAAUAGUUAUAAAAAACAUUUUUUUUCUCAAUUAAUAAAUAAAGAAAAACAUGAUAAAAUAACAGGAAAUGUUAUCAUGUUCGAUAAGAGGAAAGGUUAUGGUUUUAUAA